CACAAGUUCUGAGAACAUUUGACGCUGGUUGAGCCCUUGCUCUCCAUCUUGUAGAUUGAUCGGUGUUAGGUAGCUAUAGAUAACGUGAACGCGCAUGUGCAAACGGUUCGAACAAUUUUCUGCUUAUCGUACACGUAAGAGCCAGCGGCACAGCGUUUAAGAUGAAGUAGGGGCGUUAGUUGCCGCGUGAAGAGCAGCGUGUAGCAAAGUACAGCGAGUUUAGUCGUUUUCGGUAGGCUCAGAAAUAACACGUGCGACACUGUCAUGGAUGUAGCUGCCGCUCCAAACAAUGUAGCAGCCGUCGACCAUGAACGACAGUUCAAUUUCGUGGGGCGGCUCGUCGCAGUGCCUUUGGUGAAUGGCAUUUUCAGCCAAGUUUCUCAACUGUACCAGAAAGCCAAGGAUCGUUCGUUGUUUAUUUCCCUCCCUAUGAGAGCUGUCGAAGCGACCAUUACGAAGACCGUGUUGGUUUGCAGAGCUCUGUUCGUUCCGGUGCUGUCGCGGCAGCUACUGUACGCAGACGCACUGGCGUGUCGUGCCUUGGAUGAAGUGGAGCAACGCUGCCCCGUAGCCUUUUGCGAAACUGACGAGAUCAUCGCCCAUGUGGUCAUCAAGGCCGCCCAACUGAUGCUGUUCGCCAUAACAAAGAUGGCUGCACUUUGGGAGUGGACCAUGGCUGCCGCGGGUCUUCUCAUCCGUCUGAUAGAUGUUUCAAUGGCCACAGUUCGUCUUCUAUGUACUGGUGUUCGCAGCGCCGUGGGUGCGGCCGACCACCAUAUCGACACGCUCAUUGUGCCCUAUUAUCCACGCCAUGACCCCGUCCACAAUAACGGCGUUGCUGUACUACCAUUAUGCAGCCAUAUUCGAACCUGUCCUUCGCAAACUGAGGACUCUCGCCAAGUUCAUAUUUUGGCACAGGGCCAGACGCGUGCUGGACAGGCGCCUUUUGGCAUGGACUGUCGCAGUGAACAGCCUGCACUACGGGUAUUCUUCGGAACCUUUUCCUCAGGUACGUCCAGUAGUGGUCGCCUCGCCGGCCUGCCUCCUUCCAUGCCCAUCAUGCCUGACGACACGGACACUCGGGAACCAGCCCCCAGCAGUUCUUGGCCGCAUCACAAAGAGCCACGACCCUUCUCCGGGAAGGCUAACGAAGCAGUGGACGCAUGGCUCAAGCACUACAAGCGGGGCUGCAGCCAGCAGAUGAGUGUUACCAGGAAACCAUCCCGACUGACAUUUUUUGACAGCUGCGCAGCCUGGAAUCCUCCGGCACACCUUCAGGCAAGCAGCAUAAUGCAGGAGAUAUGUGUGACACCCUUGGAAGCCCAAGUGCUCAAAAAAGACACCCGCCAGCAGUCAAACAGUGCAACAUGGCAGCAGCAACGACGGUUUCGUACAACAUCUUCAAAGUUUGGUGUGGUCCUAAAUAGGAAGGAUUGGACUGUAAAGGGCCUCCAGAACCUCACGACUGCCAGAGACCUAUCUAGAGUUGCUGCAAUCAAUUACGGCAUCAAAAUGGAACCACUUGCCGCCCAGCGCUAUGAGGAUGCUCUACGCCGACUGGGCCAUGCUCCCAUCGUUAGCAGCUGUGGACUGCUGGUGAACCCAGCCUUUCCCUGGUUGGCUGUCGAAAUGGUGCAGGUGGAAUGUGCAGACAAGCUAAGCCAUGCUGUCCUACAGUAA